ACAAUGAUGUAUGUUCUUUUAUGAGUUCGCUCUCUGGGAAUCGCCACGGUAUAACCAGGAGACCUAUUGCGAAGUAAAACGUGGAAGCUGUAAUGGAGAAAACCAUGAGUCACGUACACAAAACCUCUACCCUCAUCCUGCAGAUAUUUUAUGAGGUCCUGAAGAAGCGGAUGUUCCCGUGAAACGUGUUGACCCUAUCGCAGCGAUCUUUUUGGCAUCCUAACAGGAAUAUCAAGCUGCCAAGUCCUACAUCAUGCAGAACCAUCAUGGCCGGCCCUCCACAUCUUACUCCUGCCGACCUCAAUAUGAAUCAGGAAAAAGGAUGCUUUAUACAGGUCCAGACUAUGUCAGAGAUUACAGACCAAAGCUCCCUGACUUUACCCAAUAUGUAGGAGAACGAAUGCCAUCCCAUGAAAGCACUAGUGAAGUGAAGUAUUUAUGUCGUGCUCCACCAGGCACUCCUGCACCGUUGCCUAAAGCACGUUAUGUUGGCGGAAUAGGCUGGGGAGUGUCCGAAUUCACCUGCCUCAACAGAAGUCAGCUUUGUAGUAGCUACCAGAUAAAGGAGGGAGAAUUUCGCAGAGCUUGUGAAGAUAAAGUAACUCACAGAUUUCAAAAUCCCUGGCACCCUCUGCCACAUAUACUUGACACAGAAGGGCCUGGAUCAAGAGCUACAUUGGCAUGGACAACACUGUGUGAGAGAAGUAAAACACCAACUCCUAUUCCAGGCUAUAUACAGCAGGAUAAAAAUGUUGCUGGCAACACAGGAAAUGGCGAAUAGAGUAAUGGUUUGUAAGCAGACUCCUGGUGAAGCCAACUUGGACACAUCUUUGUGUGUAUUCACAUGCUACUGCUUACAGAAGAAUAACCAGAAAAAAAGAGAAUGAAGACCAAGGUUUUUGCGGCUGGAGAUGGGCGUUAUUAAACCAUCUUCUUAAUUCUUGUAAAUGUGUCAUUUCUAAAUCUCAUAUUUUGCAAGAGUCUUUGUGGGGGUUCCAACUAGGGACAUUUUUACAUGGUUACAUUGGUCCAGUUUACACCAAUGUAAUUAUGUAUGUGCCAUUCCUUUGGGAUCCCUGUGGAUGCUGAAAAUCACCAAUGCAGGAUACUGUGGUAGUGGUGUCUACUACAGCAAUUUCCAGAUUCCAUGGGGGAUCCCACAGAUGUGACACAUACAUACCUACAAUGGUCCAAGCUAGUAAAAAUUGCCAUACCUUGCAAUUAGCUUUAACUAGUGGCCAGCUA